AUGACUUCUAUUACAUCUACCAAGACAGUUUUGCUUCUCAUGAUGACUGUCAUCACUUCCAUGCUCAUUAUUUCUUCAAACAUGCAAGUGUUUACAAAUGUGAUGGGAGCCAGCUCUUCUCCAGUAAUUCUCUACACGGACGCUCUCUCUGGUCCAACCUCUGGAGGAGAAAAUGGGUUGGGCUGUUACUUGUCAAUCUUUGGACGAAACUUUGGCUCUCCUUCAGGAAUGGGUUCAGUAACGAAGGUGCUGAUUGGAGGUUAUGAGGUGGCUAACUAUCGCUAUUUAGGAAAUUCCACUGUGGCUGCCAAGCUAGGCAUUCAACAAAUCACGGUUCAGGUUGGUUCACUGGGAGGAAAAUCCAAUGUCAACGUUUCUCUUCCUGUGGUGGUCUCUGUGAAUGGUGUUUCAAGCAAUAAUGAUCACAAAUUCAUUCCAACGAAUGGACGUGUCUUAUUUGUGGCCCUUAACGGUUCAGACAGCACAGCUCAAUACAAUAAUAUGAACAAACCAUGGCGUUACUUGCAAAAUAUGGCUGCCUAUUCUGGCGUUUAUUUUGCAAUGAGUAAGGGAGAUCAUGUGGUAAUUCGAGCAGGUACUUGGACUGAUUGCAAUGGUCUCAAUACGAAUUGGAUUCAAGGCAGUCGUUAA